AUGGUUACCGCCGAUCCAAUCGCCACCAGAAGACCCAACUUCAUCCAAAGGGUGUUGCAACCGAGAACCAUGCGAGGAGCCAGUAAACGUUCCGUCGGCACCGGUCCUGCGCCGGUCAGUUAUCACAAACCACGUUCGACGGCUGGAACUCGUUUUCAUGGAAUGUUCAAGAGGAUGAAGGGUGCUGCGACGGGGAAUAAAGCUGAGAAGGCGUCGGGUACUCGUAUGAUGCAUGGGAAUGCUAUUACGCAGGGUCGAACACGACAUAGGAUGGCGGGUGUGUAA